AUUUUUGUUAUCUAAUUUCACAUCAAAUCAUAUUGGAGGGUUCAUCAAAAUGGCUGAUUUUGAUGAACCCUUCAAAAUUUUGAGUCAAGAAUCAAAAGAAUUACUUCAUGUUAAUUGUAAAGUACCGGUGGUUGAGAAUAUUGGUUCAGAAUGGGACAUAACCUUUUUACGAGAAUAUGUUUCUCGAAACAUGCCCGUUUUAAUAAAAAGCGGUUGUUCUCACUACCCCGCUGUUAAGAAAUGGUCAUCAAAAUAUUUUAUCGAAAAUAUUGGUGAAAAUAACGUUACGGUAGCUUUAACACCGAAUGGAUACGCCGAUGGGUUAUUUAUUAAAGAUUUAGAAACGUUAUUUGUAACACCUGAGGAAAUAAAAAUGGAUAUGAGUCAAUUUUUGACUUUAUUAAACAACCCAAUUAAUAACGUAAUUUGUUAUAUUCAGGAACAAAAUUCUAAUUUGACAAGUACUUUUAAGUCGUUAUUAAGUGAUGUUGAUGAAGAAAUAAGUUGGGCGUCGAAAGCAUUUGGAAAAAAUCCGGACGCUAUUAAUUUUUGGAUGGGCGAUUCUCGAGCAAUUACAAGCAUGCAUAAAGAUCCUUAUGAAAACAUCUAUUGCGUCAUCAAAGGCCACAAAGAUUUUAUAUUAAUACCACCAACUGAUUUACCCUUUGUUCCUUACAAAAAAUAUAAAUGCGCGUCGUUUAAAAACGUUACAAAAAGCGGUUUUGAAGUUGAAUAUAGCAAAGAUUGUGAUGGAAAAGUUGUUGAGUUACCUUGGAUUUCCAUUGAUCCAUUAAACCCAGAUUAUAAUUUAUAUCCAGAAUUUAAAUCUGCCAAUAUUUAUAAGGUUAGAGUGGAAAAAGGUGACUGUUUGUAUCUUCCAAGUUUGUGGUUUCAUCAUGUGCAGCAAAGUCAUGGAUGUAUAGCUGUGAAUUAUUGGUAUGAUAUGGAUUUUGAUGUUAAGUAUUGUUAUUAUAAAAUGUUGGAAGCUAUGUGUCAACAAAAAUAAAGGUUUUUUUUUUGUAA